AUGGACAUUUAUGAACAUUUACGAACCAACUGUGAUAAAUUGCUGGAAGCCUACCAUGCCAAUUUGCAGGAUGUAGAAAAGCUUCAAGAGACGUUGAUUAACGACAUACUUCCAUCCGUCACAGACGAAUUGGAACUCGCCCCGGAUGCCACGGAUUGGGCCAAGGAAUGGCUUCUAGAUACUGCCUCCAUGUUCCGCAUUGCACGAAGAAAUAAAUUCAUUAAAUCAUUUACAAUGGAAGCCAUUCGGAAGAAUCUCAUCUGGAGACUGCAAAAUCUCUGGGCACCCAGUCCACCAGUACCAAUGCCCAAUGUGCAUUGUCUUCCACCCGAGGUGGUCGAUCCUUUCGGGCGUCCCAUAAUCAUCAUUGAAACCGUUCCAAUGACGCUGGAGCCCGAGGUGGUCAAAAUUGGGAUACUCCAGUUCUUCGAAACCUUGCGGCAACAUCUCGCCGAGCGUUUCCACCAGUGCAAACAAGGGGAUACGCCUCCACUGCAGUGUAUGGUCUUAGUGGACCUACGUGCACUCAGCUUUCAGCGAAGUGCGAUUGAUAUCGUCAGCUGGGCAGUUCGUGAAGUAAUUCCACGGUAUCCUGGGAUGCUGGCUGGAGUCUUCAUGCUCAAUUACUCUUGGACGCAUUCUAGCUUAUGGAGCAUUGUCAAGAGGAUACUACCUGAAUCAGCCUUGUCCCGGGUCUUCUUCCCCUCCCAGAAGGAGGUCAUUGGCUACUUCUCCUCUUCUCGCCUGCCUCAAGAUUACGGUGGUGAUUUGCCUCCUUUGGCUCAGCUAUACGACCCGCUCCUCCCGUCCGACAGAGACGACGCGUCAAUCACCUCGGAAACAACCUACACGACAGAUAUACCCCAGACGACAGUCGUCGAGGAAUCCACAUCUCCGUCUUUGCCAUGGAUUUCACCGACGUCUCUUCUCAACCCCUUUUUCGGAUACCCUGUUUCAACUACACCAGAUCGGCGGUUACCUUCACUGCAGCACGGUCGUCGUCGCAAACGUGACCUCUUCAAGACGCUUGCACUCCUUUUCUGGUCUCGUUGGCACUCCUACAUCAUAUUGACCUGCUGCAUUUCGGUGCUAUGCCUUCUUCUGCGAAAACACUUACGUCCCUCAAUACCCCGUCUGCUACAGGUGAUAAAAGAUGUUCGUAAAGCAAUAGGACGCUGA